AUGCGAUAAAGUGACAUACAUAUUACGCACGCAGUAGACGUUCUGUGUUACUGUACAUAUUUACUGGAGCUUUACAGCUAUCGCGUCGCAAUUUUACCACCGUGACCUGUAUCGCCACCAUCAAAUCCCAAUACAAACAUAAUAAUAUUUUCUCAAUUAUAACCGAAUCUCUACAGUCUCUCUAUAUAAUAUAGAAUUCGACCACACCCCCACCACAGCGACUCUGCACAGUUUAACGUAAAUUUAUGAAUUUUUUCUUCCCGUAAACAUAUCUAUACGUGUAUAUUCACCACAUUCAUCCGUCGCUAACGGAUCGAACCAGAACGGAAGAACAGCGUGUGUAUUACAUUAUAAUAUUAUACACGUUUGUAUAGACUCUCGCAGCAUCGUAAACGGCAUUGUAUACGAUAAAACAAACAUUAUCGACGACCGCGGCAGAAACAAUAUACAGACGGAAUUAAAUUAAAAUAUGUGGUAAAUAAUGAGACUACAAGGAGACAUGGAAUCAACCGAUGACGAGCUUGACCAAAGUGUGUUCGAAAACAAAAAUGGCCUAGCUGAUGAUAUGGCGUUCCUGGCCAGUAUGCCCGAAUUAUGUGAUGUAACUUUUUUAGUGGGUGAAACGAGAGAACCAGUGUGUGCUGUAAAAGCAGUCUUAGCUGCAAGGAGUCGAGUAUUCCAUAAAAUGUUAUACCAGCCACCGAGCCCUCAAAGAAAAAAAGAAGUUUUACCUAAAGAGACUACAAAACUAAGACGACCUACAUUUCUUAAACGAAGCAGUGAACCGCUUCUCAAUGUAAAAAAUGCCAAUACACAAACUCAAUCCAAUCAACAUCAAACAGUCGUUGUUGAUGAAUUCGAACCAGACGUGUUUCGCCAACUCAUUGAAUACAUACACACUGGUUGUGUAACUUUACAACCCAGAACAUUAUUGGGAGUUCUAAAUGCAGCAGAUUAUUAUGGUCUAGAAGAUUUGCGAAAAGCUUGCACUGGCUUUGUCCAGUGUUGCAUAAAUGUGGACACGGUCUGCGCACUUUUGUCAUCAGCAGAGCGGUAUAUUCAAUAUAAAUGUACCAAAAGCCUAGUACAAAAGGUUUUGGAGUUUGUCGACGAGCACGGAAAUGAAGUAUUAAACCUUGGAUCCUUCGCUCUAUUACCACUACAUGUGGUCCGAUUGAUAUUAAGCAGAGAUGAACUGAAAGCAGACGAGUUCACUAAAUUUCAGGCUGCGCUUAUGUGGACAAUGAAAUAUGGCGAUACAAAUUCGAAUGUCGACUGGAAAGAAGUUUUUGUGGAAAAUUUCAUGUCAUCCAUUCAAUACCACAAAAUACCGGCUAAUGUACUGAUGAAUGAAGUGGAACCUUUAAAACUGGUUCCAUACGAAGUGAUCAUGACAUCAUUAGCGUAUCAGGCAGACCCCUCCUGUGUCGAUCCCGACAAAUUGAAGAGGGCCUUGAGAAUGGGUAAUUAUCAUGGACUGAUGGGCAUCAGUAGUACAAUUGGCACCGUAACGGCUGAAAGAACCAUGUCGGUGCAGAGUUCAGGCACACACCAUGGUUCCAGCUCGACUAUUAGCUCCAUUGGAUCUAGCGAUCUAGUUGGUUCUGACAAAACUUGAUCCGAGAGAACUCCAAGUUCAUAGGCGUGCGCAUUAGCCUUAACCUUGGUUUUAUUUAAAUAAAAACUUCCAAUUUAUUAUUAAUUGGAUAUUGCGUCUAAUUAAUUAUAAUUAUCUAUUAAAUUCUUAUUGACAUUAAACAAUCAGAUUUAUUCUAAUAAAAAGACUGUGAUGGUUACUAAAAUGAAUUUUACUUGAAAACAACAAUAUCAUAUUAUUAUAAAUACAAUUAAUAUUAUUACUAAAUUAAAUACAAAAUUUAUUAUUAUUAAGGACCAAUGAUAAUCUAAAGUUACCUUUAAUAAUGUGAGCAUAAUAUAAUAGUUAUAAACAUUUCAAAUCCUAUCUGCGCACGCCUAUGUAUAAAUAUAUAUAUAUAUUGAAUAUGUAUAUAUUCAAAUAUAAAAGCAUUUUAUCAAAAAUGAAUUAACUUGAGAUCCAUAUAAAGUUCAAUUUAAAUUGACUCUAAUAAUCUAAUCAUUCAAAUUCAAAUAAUCACCUAUACCAAUGAGAUGUUUAACUAUUUGAAUUAUUUAAUAUACAUGAUACAUUAUCGUACCUAUACUAUCUAUAGGUAUCUUUAAAUCAUUAUAAUAAUUGUAUUCAAAUUCAAUUUUUCCUGUUCUUAAAAUUUUUUAAACACUAUAAUAGUAUAAUACAUUAUUUGUGCACAGUUUGAUAAUUCACUAUAAAAUAAUUUAGUUUAUUACCUACAAUUUAAAACUUAUGUGUGAUAAAAUGUGUAGUUACCUAUUCAAAUAUUUGGUUCUAAUUUCAGCUUAAAGAUACUAUAGAUAAUCAUUUUGAUUAAUUUUAUUCUAUUAAAUACAAUUUUUAGCUUUUGAAAUUUAUGAAAUUUAUAUUUAUGAUUGAAGCACAUAUAAAAAAUUCUAAAAAUCAAUAAAAAACAGUUUUUCAGACAUCUUGUAAUGACUUCAAAUUAUGUAAAAGAAUAUCUUUUAAAAAUGUUCAUACUUAUUUUAAAAUAAUUAGCAGGUAUUCAAGGAAAAAUUGCCCCUUCAUUAAAACUAACUAAUUAAACCUAUAUAAUUUCUUGAUGAUAAAAUAUUAUAGAAUUUGAUGGAAAAAAUAACUAUGUUAAUUUUAAUUUCAUUGGCAUGUGAUUAUCAUAAUUGUUCCUCACUUUUUUAACUUAAAAGAUUUACAUUACAUGAUUUGUGCCAAAAUGUAUUUAUAUAUAUAUAUAUAUAUAUUUAAAUCUAAAAAAUAAUUUUGAAUUAUAUAUGUGUUGCCUAACCUAUUUAAAUUAUUUAUGUGUCUUUUAUUGAUAGUAAUAUUUAAUAAUUUUGUUUAAUAAUAAUGAAAUAAAAAUAUGAAUGUUACCUAUUAUGUACCUACUUUGUAAUAUAGAAAUUAUAAUCUUUAUAAUCUUUUUAAACUUUUUUAUUAAAAUUAACAUAAUAUAUAGAAUAUAGUUUCUUUAAUUCAGUUAAGACAUUCCUAUAUAUAUAUUAUAUAUGUAUGAAAAUAUUAACAAAAUAUAUAUGUGUAUAAUGUAUAUAAAAUAUAUUAUAUAUAUAUUUAUCUACUAUAUACUUAUUAAAAUAUUUUUAUUUAAUUAAAAAAGUUAUUGAAAUAAUAACAACUUAAUUACUUAAUGAAAAUUUACAGGUACUUAAUAAUAAAGAAUUAUACUAUUUUAGAAAGUUUAUAUUUAUAAACUAAAUAUUAAUUAGGUAUAUAAUUGUACUUCUGUCUAUUCUAAGUAUAAAAUGAAAUGCAUAGUCAGGCAUAGGUAAGUUAUAAAAUUAUUUAAUAAGUUUUAUACUUACUCUAUACUUUAUGUUAUAUUGUAUGCAAAAUAAAAACAUAAUAAUUAUAAACGAAUUAUGUUUAUGAUAUGUAUUCUGUUUUCUUUAUCAUUAAUAAUUUAUACCUAAGUACCUACCUACCAACUUAUAAUAACUAAUAACUAUUUAAUAUACCUAACUAAGGACCUAAUCAAAUUGAUUUGUUGUUUGUUCUAGUAGAUCAGCUAUUUUAUUGAAUGUUUGUUAAAGAUAGAUAUUCUACUAUUUUAUCCUUAUAUUUAAUUUAAUUUAAUAUUUGUUACUUGUACAAUGUAACUGUUUUUUAACUUUGAAUGUUUGUAUUUUUUCAUUUAAUUUAAAUUUUUAGAUUAAUUAUGUUAUAUAUAUAAACAAUAUACAUUAUACAUUUAUACAUACCUACUAUCUUCCUUUUUGAAAAUUAUUUUAUUUCAUUAUAUCAUAUUCAAAAUUAUGUUAAAAUGUUUAAUGCAAUAAAUUAUAAUACUCUAA